AUGGUUCUUAACAGGGAUGUCUAUGUUCUUCCUCGCAACCCAACCGAGGCAGAGCGACUUCAAGCUCAGAACGAUCAUUACCGGAGCUCGUUUGGUGGUCUCCUAGUUCACCCCUCCAUUCAGCUCCAUGAAUGUCGCUCGAUUCUAGAUUGCUGCACAGGGACCGGUGCCUGGCUACGGGACGCACGCGCUGCAGCCCGCCCCGAUGCCACCUUCGACGCUUGUGAUCUGACGCUGGAGCAAUACGACAAAUCUCAUUCAAGCGCGGACGAAAUAUUCGUGCAAGAUAUUGUACAACCAUUUGCGCCAGAGCGACAUGACAAGUACGAUCUGGUGCACCAGAGAUUACUGACAGCCGGUAUCCGUCGGGACCACUGGGUCUCUGCAAUAGCCAACGUCGCCGAGACUUUGAAGCCCGGAGGAGUACUCAACAUCACCGAGCUCAACUUAGAGCUGGUCCGAGGCAGUGGUGACCCCGAGGAGUCUGAACAUCUGAAAUGGAAGAACGAGCUUACGCGUGAAUGGUGGCAGAGAGCUGGCCUUGUUCAUAACUGUGCUGAUCUCAUUCCGACCUUUAUGAGGGAAGCCGGAUUAACGAAUAUCCAAGCUAUGCGUGUUCGAGUCCCCUAUGGAGCUGCGUGCUUGUCUCUCAGCAUGCCUGAGUAUCAGGUCGAAAGCAGCAUACGUCUGUACGGGGGCGUCUCGCCUGCACUGAAAAAGCAAUGGGUCGCAUCUGGCUUCGGGACCGCUGAAGAGUAUGACGCGAAACAGGAGGCUCAUGAAGAAUUUCUCAGGAAUGAGGGCAUGUGGAUGGAUGUGAGCAUGGUGGUAGGCAUUAGGCCGAUCUAG